AUGAAUUACGUAAUACUGGCAUCACAUUUGCUGUGUUGUUUGGAUAACACAAAAACAAACGAAAUGCAUAACAAUAUGGAUAACAAUAAUGACAAUACAGUUAAACAAGAAAUUGAAGAAAACAAGAAUCAUGUGAUAAACGGAGAAACACCGGAAGCCUAUGACAACCCAUCCUUUAGGCUCUCUAAGGAUGAACAAAGCGAACCGAUUUGUAAAGGAGUAAAACUAUUAGUUGUGUUGACGAUCCGUCCGUUGACUAAAACAAAUGCCGACAGCUUUGUGUUCAGACACUUAUCAAAAAUUGUUUGGUUUAUUGUAAUCACAAUUUGUGUUGUAUUUGUGGUCAUCGACUCACUCGAUGAGCCCAUAAGACUGGCUUCUGGCGGCGGACUCAUUGGUUUUCUACUCAUUGGAUACAUAUUUUCGAAACAUCGGUCGCAUAUAGUGUGGAAUCAGGUGUUAUGGGGUGUUUUGCUGCAGUUUCUAUUCGGCCUAUUCAUCCUCCGCUGGUCUUUCGGCAAACAAGUGUUUGAAUGCAUCGGACAGAAAGUCAGCACAUUCUUGGAGUUUACAGACAGCGGUUCCAGUUUUGUAUUCGGAUAUCUGGUGUCCGGCAAACUGGAGGGCACUUUCGAUAACGUCACCGUUUUAGGCGAGAGUAAAACACUACAUAUUCCCACACAAGCGGCUGUGUUUGCCUUUAAGACAAUGCCAGUCGUCAUAUUCUUCAGUUUCUUUGUGUCGAUUCUGUAUUACUAUGGAGUGAUGCAAAUACUUGUGGUGAAAGUUGGCUGGUUUUUGCAGACCACGAUCGGCACCACCGCUUGCGAGUCGCUCAACGCCUCUGGAAAUAUCUUCCUGGGAAUGACGGAGGCGCCGCUAAUGAUUAAGCCGUUUUUGCCUUCAAUGACCAAAUCUGAAUUACACGCCGUUAUGACCGGAGGGUUCGCCACAAUCGCCGGCUCAGUGAUGGCCGCGUAUAUCAAUUUCGGCGUCAGUGCCAGUCAUCUGUUGUCGGCGAGUGUGAUGUCAGCGCCGGCCGCUCUCGGCUUCUCUAAGCUCUUCUAUCCGGAAACAGAAGAGAGCAAAACGACCGACAAAACCAUAAGCGUUGGAAAGAGCAAUGAACGAAAUGCAUUAGAGGCCGGUUCUAACGGCGCCUCCAUUGCCGUCAAACUUGUAGGCAAUAUAAUCGCCAAUUUGAUUGCGUUUCUGGCUUUCAUAGCAUUUCUCGAUACACUUCUUUCAUGGUUCGGAUCAUUAGUUAAUUAUCCAGAUUUAAAUUUUAAGGUAAACUAGAACUCUCUCUCUCUCUCUCUCU